GUUCCUUAUGUGUCUAGAUAGCCAACUCAUGUGUUUUUUAGACACAACCAUACACAACAGCUAAUCAGCUUACCGUUUCAGCCACCAUUUUUUCUUAAGGCGUAAAUAACUUUAAACGUUAUUAUUGUGCAUUGGUUUGGACAUUAGGGCAAACAUUUAUAAAUGUCUGGUGUUUUUUCAGGCAAGAAACAAUCCACGGGGUCCUGUUCUUCGACUGUGGUUUAACAAAGCCCGGAUAAGUUUACAUAUCCCGGAUUGAGCUAGCUCGAUAUCUGAAAUUGAGUUUUGUUCGGUUCUUCCAACAACAAUAUCUCGGAUUUUAAUUUCAAGAAGACUGUUGUUUAUUAAGAGAACUGAGCGCUCGUCUGAGGAUUGAAAAGUUCGUCUAACCUAACAUCAUCAUGGCUAAACAGCGUGCUGCUUAUUUCAGCCCUGCUGAAUUGCAACUUCUAAUUGAAGGAUAUGACGAAGUUAAACAUUUAAUAAAAACUAAAGGGAAUACAAUAGCGGCUGCGAAAGUCCGUCAGGACGCGUGGCGAAAAAUAUCUGUCAAAUUAAAUGCAUCUAACCCUCUGGGACCUAGAAGAACGUGGCAGCAAGUGAAGACGAAAUACAAGAACAUCGUUCAAAGUGCUAACAAGAGAAAGGCUGCCCUGAAGAAGAUGGGACUACUCCCAACCAAAGAGGAGUACAUAGAUGAAGAGGAGCUGCCCCCUGAGAAUGAUGUGGAGGGUCCCAUCAUAGAGAGAAUAAUUGGCGGCUGCUGCUCUGAUCCAGGAGAUGAGGCUGGCUGCAGCAGUUUUGUCAAAGUGAAUGAUCAUGGAUUGAACCUCCUUCCGCCUCCUAUAUUAUCAGAUGAUGAGCUGGACUCUGAACCUGUGGAAGAUGUUAAGACCUUAUACAUGAAGUAUCUCCAAGUAGAGAUCUCCAACAGAAAGCAGGAAAUGGCAUACAGAGCCUUAAAAAUGCGCAAAGUGGAGAAGGAAAUACAGUUGUUGGACAGGAAGUUGGAUGCUGAUCUUUGAUAUGCAAUAAAGCAUUUUAUAUAAA